UAAUACACGCAGUAACGUUAAAUUCAUUCACGAAUUAUUAUGUUAACUAAGUGAUUUGGCUAAAGCCAAUCGUGUAGUGUUAUAUAAUUUCAUUUUAUAGUGGUGAUGAAAUGAUAAUCUCACAAACGUGACUAUUUUUAAUUCAUUGAAAUCCGUCAAUGGAAGAUCGUAUACCUAACCUAUAAAACGUUAUAGGUUAUAAAAAUAGUGUAAUCGUAAUACUAGUAUAAACAAUGAAUAUCUCAACUAAGAUGGCGCACCGAUUUAUUAAACCUAUCAUUUUGAACUCUAAAGAACAUGGCGUAAGAUCUAUUUUAAAUUGUUUUAAUAAAACUGGAUGCAAGAAACUGCAUACUGCAAAGAAUGUGCCCGUAAAAGAAAUUCAAAUACCAGUACAAUGGGGCCAUAUUGCUGCAAAGGUAUGGGGAGACGCGGACAGACGCAGACCAAUUCUGGCAUUGCACGGCUGGCAGGACAACGCCGGAACCUGGGAUACCUUGGCGCCAUUGCUCUACCAGAAAAUUCCUAUAAUAGCAAUUGAUUUCCCGGGACAUGGACUAUCAUCCUGGUAUCCACAUGGUAUGCAAUACUAUCCAUGGGACUUUGCACGUUUAAUACUCUCUAUUAGAGAUCACUUUCAGUGGGAUAAGGUAUCACUUCUUUGUCAUUCAAUGGGAUCCAUAGCGGGGAUGCGUUAUGCUUGCGUUUUUCCAGAUGACGUAGACUUUUAUAUCGCUAUUGACAAUAUUAUCGCAGACGAUUAUGACUUAGACCAAGUUGUUGAAAUGUUCCCAAAACUAUUUCGUAAGAUUCAAAUUACACAAGCCAGAAUUGAUACUGAGCCGCCUUCCUAUUCUAUCGAAGAAUUUGUAAAGAAAUGGCAUUACGGGACAAAAAAAUCUGUAUCCAUGGAAAGUGUUCACCAUCUUGCGAAGCGAGGAAUGAAAGCAUCAUCGAGUGAUCCCAAUAAAUACUACUUUAACAGAGAUGCUCGUUUGAAGCACACUCUAUUUAUGCCCGAAAAUAAAAUGUUUGUAGAAACACUUGUAAAACGGCUAAAGUGUCCAACCGCUUAUUUUAAAGCUAUAGAUUCUCCAUACGCUUCGGAUCAGUUUUCAGUAGACCUUCGAGAAACAUUAGAAAAGAAUAAUCAGAACUUUGAAAGUCACUUUGUUCCUGGUACACACCAUGUCCAUUUAAACAAUCCUGAGGUGCUAGCGCCUAUUAUAACAAAGUUUUUACAAAAAUAUAAAUUUAUAUGAGUAUGUUCAUAGAAACUUUGUUUAGAAAAAAAUCAAUAAAAGUAUUUAUUAUUUUAUAGAAGUGAUGGUUUAUGUAUUACAUAAAUGGUACACAAUAGACAUAGGUAUUGUGUUGUUACCACAAAGUUAUGUUGCAUAAUCUUGUGAUCCCAAAUAUAAUGUGAUGAUUUUAUAUAUUAGUUGAGGAAAAUAUGUUAUAUAAAUUAAUUUUAAUAAUAAAUGGGAUCUAAAAUUUUAUUUAUUAUU